CUCUAUGUGUCUUCUCUUUCCUCCUCGUCUCUCCUAAAGACAUAAAUACUGUUAAUCCUGGGUUGGUCACAAAUAACGCAUACGAUUAAAAACGAAAGAAGGCACUGGGAAAGAUAGGAAGGAAAAGAAGAAGAAAAGAGAAGGGUUGGAAAAAGGACACUCUCAUAAAGGUACUGUGUGUAUCAAAAUCUACUGACACGGACAAUUAUCGGGGAGGGUCAGUCUUUGCUGGUGAGCACUCGAGGGCAGGAACAGUCCGUCCAUCAAUUAAAGCCCACAAUUCAACGUCAUCGUCCUCCACCCUACGCCUCGUCCUUCCCACAAACACACACUACAGUACACUACACUUACUCGAGUACACCUGAAAUCAACCUCCCAACGAUGUUGUCCUCCUAAUCCUCUCCUGCAACAGCAUCUGCUUGCCACCUCAUCCUCUUCCCCUCCUCCUUUUCGAGUCUUGGUCAAUUUUUUUUCUUUCUUUGAGAGACCGGGCGUGCUUGCUCACCACCUCCCCUUAGAGGUUCUUGUGCUCGCCCCCGACAAGGGCUACCUCUUUGCGACCCCGGCAUAAACACGCAAAGUCCUCUUCCUCCGCCUCCUCCAUCUCCUCCUCUUCGCCGCCGCCCGCCGCCGCCCAUAAACUCCCGAGACGACGUACAAGAUGCCGGCCUUCACAAAAUCUGCCCGCCCUGGUCUAUUACGGCGGCUUGCCGUUCCAGCCUCCAUCGCCACUGUAGCAGGUGGUCUCGUUGUCUACGCAUACCGGCCUCGCGAGAUACCCGGCCACGAGCCACCAGCCGUCCCUCCUGUGUACGGCGCGGACGGCAACUUCAAGCCGCCGCGUUUCCCUCGCGAGAAGUCCCGUCUAGAACAGAUAGCAGACCUCAAGAGGAGUGCAGCCGAGCCUGAAAAGGAAUACGAUGUUCUGGUGAUAGGUGGCGGUGCCACAGGCUCCGGUGUCGCCCUUGAUGCGGCCACCCGCGGUCUCAAGGUCGCCCUCGUCGAGCGUGACGACUUCAGCUCCGGCACCAGCAGCAAGAGCACAAAGCUCGUCCACGGCGGCGUCCGCUACCUCGAGAAGGCCGUCUGGAACCUCGACUACGCCCAGUACCAGCUCGUGAGGGAGGCCCUCAAGGAGCGCAAAUACUUCUUGCAGACUGCGCCCCACCUCAGCAUGUGGCUCCCCAUCAUGCUGCCCCUCGACAAGUGGUGGAAGAUCCCCUACUACUGGGCCGGCACCAAGUUCUACGACCUCCUGGCCGGCAGCGAGGGCAUUGAGAGCUCCUACUUCCUCACCAAGAGCAAGGCCAUCGACGCCUUUCCCAUGCUCAAGAGGACAGACCUGGUCGGCGCCCUGGUCUACUACGACGGUGCCCAUAACGACUCCCGCAUGAACGUCUCCAUCGCCAUGACCGCAGCCCUGUAUGGCGCCACCACCGUCACCCACAUGGAGGUCACAGGCCUGGACAAGGACGCCGGCGGCAGGCUCUGCGGUGCCAGGGUCAAGGACUUGGUCCCCGAGAGGGACGGCAAGACGGGCGAGGAGUUCAACAUCAAGGCAAAGUGCAUCAUCAACUGCACGGGUCCCUUUACCGACGGCAUCCGGAAGCUCGACAACCAAGACUGCAAGGAGAUUGUUGCCCCGGCCUCGGGCGUGCACAUCAUCCUGCCUGGCUACUACAGCCCCGGCAAGAUGGGCCUGCUCGACCCGUCUACGUCGGAUGGCCGUGUCAUCUUCUUCCUCCCAUGGCAGGGCAACACAAUCGCCGGCACGACGGACAAGCCUGCAUCCGUCUCCAAGGACCCUCUGCCUGACGACGAGUCGAUCAAGUGGAUUCUGAACGAGAUCCGGCACUACCUCUCGCCGGACAUCAACGUCCGGGAGGGAGACGUGCUGGCCGCCUGGUCUGGGCUGCGGCCUCUGGUUAAGGACCCCAAGGCCAAGAACACCGAGUCUCUGGUCCGCAACCACUUGAUCGAUAUCUCCGACUCGGGCCUGGUGACCUGCGCUGGUGGCAAGUGGACUACCUACCGCCAGAUGGCCGAGGAGUGCGUCGACGCCGCUGUCAAGGAGUUUGGGCUGCGCACGCGCCCUGUGGUGGAUGCCCCUCGUGUCAGCGGCACGGACAUUAUCGACGACGGCGCCAUACUGGACGGCUCGUGCCAGACACACAAGGUCAGGCUGAUAGGUGCCCACGGGUUCAGCCGCACCCUCUUCAUCCACAUCAUACAGCACUUUGGUGUGGAGACGGAGGUCGCCAAGCACCUCACAGAGAGCUAUGGUGAUCGCGCAUGGACUGUCGCCUCCCUGUGCAAGCCGACGGAACACCGCUUCCCCGCGCGCGGCGAGCGCAUCUCCCAGCUCUAUCCUUUUGUCGACGGAGAGAUCCGCUACGCCGUCCGCCAUGAGUAUGCACAGACUGCGGUCGAUGUGCUGGCCAGGAGGAUGAGGUUGGCAUUCCUCAAUGCCCAGGCCGCCCUCGAGGCCCUUCCCAAGGUCAUUGAUGUCAUGGCUGAAGAGCUCAAGUGGGACAAGAGGCGACAGGAGGUUGAGUGGAAAGAUACUGUUGCGUUCCUUGAGUCGAUGGGACUGCCCAAGCCCAUGCUCAAUGCAACGCGAAAGCAGGUCGAGCAGGCCAAGCUCGAUUUCACCACCUCGGAGGAGUUCAAGCUCUACGCAAGACAUAACAAGCCCAUUCAAGAUGCUGCCGAGUAAAGCAGUUCUUCAUACUACCAUCAAAGAAAGGGUGGAUUUUUGGUGGUUCUCUUUUUUUUUUUUCCCCCUUUGGGGGGGGGGGGGUCGCCUAUGAGAGCAAUGUCAACAACUUUGGAGUAGGCGUUUCUGGAUAGAGACCCUGUUCAGAUCUUCUUUGAUUUCUUUCUAACUUGCCGGUCGACGAGGAUUGAGUCGCAUCGGAGACAGGCAGACAAGACAGACGGUUACAUUUAUCAGGUUACAUUUAUCAUAAGACAAGAUAGAGAAGGAAGAAGCAGAAGGGGGUUUUUUUUCUCCUUUCUUUCUUGUUC